CGGCUCUGCUCGCUGCGGCCCUUCGUACCCCGCUGCGGUUGGGUUCCUUUUGUCGUCGCGAGUUAAGCGACCUCUGCCCCGCUGAGUUGCAAUAGCGGUGCUGUGCGCGCUUUGGGCGGCUUUCCGCUGGGGAUCCGCUUUGCGGUAGGCAGAGGCGAGCGUGGCUCUUAGAGCAGAGCGCUGGAAGGAGUGCGUCUGUUGCAGUUGCUGACAAAUCUGUCUGCAGCUUCCUGACAUGCCGGGUAAUAACUGCAAAGGAAAACACGCAGGGAAAGUGCCCUGAAGAUGGAUGGGAUGAAAGCACCAUUGAACUCUUCCUUCAUGAACUUGCCAUAAUGGACAGCAAUAACUUUCUGGGCAACUGCGGUGUGGGAGAGAGGGAAGGCAGAGUGGCGUCAGGACUUGUUGCCCGAAGGCACUAUAGGUUGAUCCAUGGAAUUGGAAGAUCAGGAGAUAUUUCUGCAGUCCAGCCUAAAGCUGCAGGGUCUAGCCUUUUGAACAAGCUUACUAAUUCAGUUGUUCUGGAUAUUAUAAAGCAGGCUGGUGUCCGGACGGUGACCAAUUGCUUCGUGGUUCCUAUGGCAACUGGCAUGAGUCUAACUCUGUGUUUUUUAACAUUGCGGCACAAGAGACCAAAGGCAAAAUACAUUAUUUGGCCACGUAUAGACCAGAAAUCUUGCUUUAAAUCGAUGAUUACUGCAGGUUUUGAGCCUGUGGUGAUAGAGAAUGUAUUAGAAGGUGAUGAGCUACGGACAGAUAUUGAAGCAGUGGAGGCUAAAAUCAAAACUCUUGGUGCUGAAAAUAUUCUUUGUGUGCAUUCUACAACAUCUUGCUUUGCUCCAAGGGUACCUGAUAGGCUGGAGGAAUUGGCUAAAAUUUGUGCUAAUUAUGACAUUCCCCAUAUUGUCAACAAUGCAUAUGGAGUUCAAUCUUCAAAAUGUAUGCAUCUUAUCCAGCAGGGUGCUCGAGUAGGCAGAAUAGAUGCUUUUGUUCAGAGCCUGGACAAAAAUUUUAUGGUUCCAGUAGGUGGUGCUAUCAUUGCUGGCUUCAAUGAGUCCUUCAUUCAGGAGAUCAGCAAAAUGUAUCCAGGAAGAGCUUCUGCAUCUCCUUCUUUAGAUGUCCUCAUUACACUUCUGUCUCUAGGUGCCAGUGGCUACAAACAGUUACUGAAAGAGAGAAAGGAAAUGUUUUCCUAUCUUUCAAGUGAGUUGAAGAAGUUGGCAGAUAUCCACAAUGAGAGACUGCUGGAUACACCGCAUAAUCCCAUAUCCUUAGCCAUGUCACUGAAGAAUCUAGAUGAAAAUAAUGAUGCUGCUGUUACCCAGCUUGGAUCUAUGCUUUUUACAAGACAAGUUUCAGGAGCGAGCUUCUGCUGUGGACUGAAUGUGAUUUUCUGUAUCAGUGCUGAUUGUUUCCACAUCGGAAGGGUUGUUCCUCGUGGGUCUGUGCAAACAGUGAAUAACUACACUUUCAAAGGCUUUAUGUCACAUGCAAAUGACUACUCCUGUGCUUACCUCAAUGCUGCAUCAGCUAUUGGAAUUAAAAAGCAAGAUGUAGACAUCUUCCUAAAAAGACUGGACAAGUGUUUGAAGGCUUCUAGGAAAGGGAAAGAAAGUGUGAAUGAAACAUGUACAGCUAACACAGGCACAGACCAACUUGAAGACCAGAAAGUACAGACAUAGUAACAAAGGAAGAUGCACUUUUGUUUGAAGUAUGCAGGUUUGUACUGGACUAGCGCUGUGAAUCUGAAGUGCAGAGAAUUUGGUCCUGAUCUGAAAAGAACACUGAAAAAUUUUGGGGUGAAAUUUAGGUUUAAAGGAAAUAGGUGAUUUUCUCCUAUUCUCUCUUACAGGAAAGUAAGCAUUUUGCACCAUGUAAAUGUACUUAAUAUGCCAAAGUAAAGCUCUGCAUUCAUAAAA